GGGCGCGUUAGUCAGUGCAAGAGGCUUGAGCCGAGCCCACGUAAGUUGGUCACCCGAUUCGACGCCGCGAACUCCGACGCCGCCAACGCAGAAGCGUCGCGACGCGUAUCGAACCCCACGCGAUCCCCCCGCGACGCCAGGAAGGAGUAAAGUGUCAGUGAGGGUUUAGUUCUAAAAUUCAUGCAAAGGAACCCCUUCCCCUCAAAGUGACACCACUCCACUCAGACCCAUUUUUUUCACAGUGCUCUGAGGAAUAUACCCCAUGGAUUCGAGUGAAAACUCUGGUUCGAGACUGUCCGUUUGAAGAUCCCAGUGUUUUAUCGUUUCGAAGCAAACUUUAAAUCAACGCGCGGAUAGUGACUGCCCAAAGGGCGCAAGGAAGAAUGUGAGCGAUGUGCGGUUGUUUCUGUGGCAUGCAGUGAUGGGACCCUUGAGCUUCUGACUCGAAGCCAAUGGUGCUCAUAGUGAUAGUGUCCGCCCCUCCGACCCCUGAGGAGGGAUCCCUGUCUUCUGUCAGGACUAACAGUCGACUAAGCACUACCUCCGUCUCAUUCUUGUCCUCUGCUUCUUCUUCGCAGGUCGAUCCGGAGAACACUGUUGCCACUACCAAAGAGGAAGAAUGGAUCACGAAGAAGAAGACAGAGUUGACGACGACGCGGCAGAUCGAGACGCGUGUGAAGAGACAAGUCGUCCUCGAGGAUGGCAAAGUCGUCGAGGAUUCCGGCCCCAUGAUCACCACCAACACCACCGAGGACACCGAGCAACACCAACACCAGCAAACAGAGCAUCGGCAGAUCGGUGACGGUGAGCCUCCGAGCGCGAUCGACGGUGAGGGUGGUCGAUGGGUGGCCGUGAAAGGGCCCUCGGGCAUGGUCAAGGAGGUGAAGGAGCACUGGACCAAGAGCCGCGAGGAGAAAGAGGAGCGCACCGAGACAGAAGACGUCCAGCAUCUCGGAGACAUCACCGACGAGGCGUUUUUGACGGCGAUCAAAAGCAAGGAGUCCGACGUACGGGAGGUUCUGAACAGGGUCUCCGGCCACGAAGUUGCCCUCUCCAACUUGGGUAGCAAAGUCAUCCACCAGUCAUCAAAAACAAGGAAAGUCGUCGAUACGGAAGACACUCGACACUUGAGUCAAGUUGGGGAGGACGGAAAUCUCGUCACUGAGACCCAGAAAACUGUCCAACAUGAAGAGACGAACGAGGACGAAGUGCCGGACGACGGUAAGGGGAGCGACGAGGACUUCGAGGAGGUGCGGAAUUCCUCUCGACAUUUCAAGAAGACGAAGGACCAGGAGCUGGUGGAGUGGCUGUCCAAUGGGAGGAAGAUCGGGCAGGAGGUGCGCUACGAGGCCGAGACGGUGGAGGGCGACCGGCACGGGGACCCGGCCAGUCUGGAGAUGGAGCAGCGCGAGUGGGACAGCCUCUCCGCACGCAUCCGCAAGCUCCGCAAGAAGAAGCCCCUCCAGACGGCCCCCGCCGCCACCCCCGCAAUCGUCAAGAAGCCCCUCGAUUUCGAAAUCGAGGAGGAGACGCGCAAGGUGGAGACGUCCCGGUGGCUGGAGAAUCACUUCGGGAGCGAGUCGCGUUCCUCGAAAGACUCGUUGGCCGACGACGACGAAGAAGAAGGGAAGGACGUGAAGAGGACGAGUUCGAGCUUCAUCAACGUCACGAUGAAGUCAGCGUCAACGCCCUCCCGCCCGGGGCCGGCCAAGUUCGGCUCGGCCGAGAACAUCCUCUCCUCCCGGCUCCAACCCCCGCCGCCCCGGGAGAAGGACUACGAACAACCCCAGAGCAACGGAUACUUCAGGGGCGUCUCCGAGUGGAAAACACGCACCCCCACCCCCACCCAACAUAACCAGGAGAGGUACCAGUCGAGCUCUCACUAUUCCCGGCAGUACAACCGCCCGGCGAUCGAGCGGGCCCAGUCGUUCACGUACAGCCCUGCCAGCCCGGAGCCGACGUCCCUGUCGGAGUCGCACGGGAACAGCGGGACGUCGGGACGGGUGACCCGGGAGCGCUACUCGUACUCGCGGCGACACGCAGAGCGAAACGCCGCCUCCUCCAAGAGCGAGCUGGACUCCCUCCCGCUUUACUCCACCGUCCAGAAGCGGCUCGCCUCCACCGACGACGAGAGGGCCCCCGAGCCCCACCGCACCCUCGCCCCCAACCCCGCACCACCGACACCCUCACCCUCGCCAUCGCCGUCACCACCCCACGUCAACCGGAAACAGCGGGCUGACGUGUACACGAACGGCGAGUCCAGAUCCUCCCACCAGACGCGGGAACACUCGUACCGCUCCUGGGACCGGCGCCAGAAGUCAACGCCGCGCUACGACCCGGACACCCCGCCAGAAGACGAACCCCUGCCGGACUACUCGCCCAAGUCCGGGCACAAAGUCCGCUCCCCAGGGCCGGCCUCGGCCUCGCCCACCCCGUCCGCUCUGCGCCCAGAGACCCCGUCGGACGCCCGGCGGAAGCACCAGAAGACGCGCUUCGACAUUCCGCCCCAACAUGCGCCGCCCCCGCCACCGGAACCGGAGAAGACGGACCGGAAGUCGUCGAUCGGGGAGUCCUUCCGCAAGAUCAUCGGGAAGUUCCGAUCGGCGAGCAAGGAGAAGAAGCGCAAGGACUCCUUCUUGGGGAAGCUCCGCGGGGAGGGGGACAAGAAGGGCGCCUACGUGACGAGCGAGGUCAUCGACGACCUCCCGGUGGCGCCCCCGCGGCCCGGGCGCGUGGCUCGCCAGUCGAGCCGCGCCGCCGCCGACUACCGCCGCGGGAGCCGAGAGAGUCGCGAGAUGGACAGCGGAGCGGACACCCCGACCGGAGCCCCGGUCGUCAACCGCUACUACCUCGGCGAGGACCCCUUCAACGGCAGCAUCUACGGCAAGGAAAGGGAGUACGACGGCGUCACUCCGCACAGGAGCAGGUCGCGCUCCGGGCAGUCGCACCAACACUACAGGUCAUACGUCUCAUCUAGCACAAAUAACCACAGCUCAACAAAUAAUCACAGCUCAAGUACCCUGGGCAGGCACAGCAAAAGCACAAGCCGACUGAUAAACGACAGCUACCAUAACGAGGUCAGCCACGACCCUUACCGCGGUGACCGAGGUGGUGUUCAAACUCUCCCCAGGAAACUCGCCGAUGAGCACCGUGUCAAGAAACAAGUCUACGUGACGAAAAGCACCGAGGAGCGCUCGCCGCGGCUUCACAACGGGCACGGGAGCAUGUUCAACGUCUCCAUCAUCAACGAGCACCCCGCGCCGGGCAUGGGGGACCGGCCGCUGACCAACACGGGACCGGCGAAGCCGGCACGGACAUACCGCUCCUCCCUGCUCCGCUCCAAGUCGUUCAACGUCCACGGCGACCCGUACGAGUCGGCGGUCCGCUCGCAGUACACCUCGAACCCGCAGCUCUCCAGCCUGGAGGAGACGUCGGCCCCUCUCAAGAGCCCCGGCAUAGUGACCAGCAUCAGUCGGAGCACCCGGAACCUCCAGGAGGCCAUCGCCGAGGAACCCCUCCGACGGACGACCAACGGCUACCACAAGGAGUCCGCUCACGAGACCAAGCGGAAGGUAUUUAUGAAAGGGCUUUAUGACCGCGCGCCGGAGCUGUUCCGCACGAUCAACAGCUUCGACGAAGACAAAAAUCUCCGGACGAGCACACCUGUGAAAAGCAAUUUGAGCUACGAAUACUCCUCCAGCUCACCGGCCAACGGAACAACAUACCGAACCACCGUCCACUCGCCGUUGCUCAACGGAGACAACUAUCGCUCGACAGUCAACUCGAACGAGACCUACCGCUCAACCGUCCACUCCCCGAUCAACGGUGACAGCUACCGCUCCACUGUCCACUCCCCGAUCAACGGUGACAGCUACCGCUCCACCGUCCACUCCCCGAUCAACGGUGACAGCUAUCGCUCCACCGUCAACUCGAAUGAGACCUACCGCUCAAGUGUCCACUCCCCGAUCAACGGUGACAGCUACCGCUCCACCGUCCACUCCCCGAUCAACGGUGACAGCUACCGCUCCACCGUCCACACACAGCUUAACGGUAACAGUCUUCGCCCAGUGGUGAACGGCGAGAGUCGUGUGGGACGUCGCGGGAGCAACGACGACUACUCGGAGACCGUUCGCAUAACGUCCAAAUCCACAGACCCGCUGCGACCCUCGGUGACGAACACGGUGAAGAAUUUCAGCAAGAAAACAGUGCCGAACAAGAACGGGAAGCCGGAGACCAUCGAAUCGACGGACGUGAAAACAGUGACCAAGUCCCAUUACCGGAGCAGCGAUCCCGUUGAGCACUCCUUCCACUCGUCCAGUCAUCCCAGGUAUAGCUCGGACAACGGACGUUUGGUCGUCCAGGUUCGAAACGGCCGUUAAAAUCGCCCCGUCAGAAUUUUCAUGCGGUGUUCCCAAGAUAGAAAAGUUUCAAACAUUUUAAGAAGUCCUGAGAUUUCUAGAGAAUAGUCACACAGGAUGAUCCAGGGUUAAACGGCCAGCGUAGGAGCGUGUUCUACGGGUCAAAGUAAGACUUUUUUGUUGUUAAAAGUUUUUUUUCCAAAAGUGUCCCCAGUCGCAGCUACGCCCUCUUCCCAAAUUUCGGAAAGUAAAUCGUUUGUCCUAAAUAUUGGCAACGGGUUUAAACCAAAUCUCUUAAAAAUUUGUACUUUCCUGUAUUUUUAUGCCCUGAAUUCGUAUAAAUGAUUGAAAAAAAUCGAAAUCACAAUUUAAAGUGGGGGUUUGGGGGUGUUUCGGCUCCUGCAGUCUGGCCGUUUUAACCCUGGAUCACCCUGUAUAACAAGUAUCAGAUGAAUAAAAAAUGGGAAAUGUAGUCGACAAAAGCCAUGGAUGACAUUCAUUUUAAGAGAGGUUUUUCCGUUUUUCCGAAAUAAUUAUUCUCUGAGAAUUGUCCUUCUCAUUUUUAGCGUCCGACUUAAUUGUUUUCGACUAAAUCAGCAGCUUACCUUUAGUAUAUAAUUUGCUCAACUGCAAUGUCUGUUUUCGUACGGAUCCAUGAAUUGCAGAUUUGGUCCCAGAAUACCUCUGAAAAUUUUUGGUCGAUUUCCAUCAGAAUCGCAAUCAAAUAUACCUAGAGCCAGUACGAUACCAGGUUUCAGUAACUGUGAGAAAAUUCCUUUCUCUCAUUUUCUCACUAUUUCGUACGUUAUUCUUUUUACACCUCUCUUCGGCAUCUACCUUGUUUUCAAAUGUAAGAAGUCUUUCCGUUCGCAUUUAACACUGCUGGUCCAUGAUAUAAAUCAUAAUUAACAGCAUAAAUCCAUGGUGUCGAAUGCUUGGGAACUGGAUCAUCAUUGUUGAUAUAGUGCUUCAUGUGUUACAGCACUGUGUAUCAAAAUAAUUUCUUUCUAUUUUCCUCCUCUGAUGGUUUGCCUGAGAAUGCGAUUGUUAAAUUGUUGCGUCGAUAUUGUUAAUUUAGUCGUAGAGCAUUUAUUUUCUCAAUGUGUAGAUUUAGUCUUGACAGUUUAUACUUUUCUACUCUUAUUUAUUACUUAUAUUACGUCAUGUGUAUUAUGUGAGCAAAUGAUUGUUCUGUUAUCACAGUGCCAUUUAGAUACCCUCCAAAUUGGAAGGUCAGCUUGUUCAUUUUUUGCCCCUUGAUUUUUUUUCUCUUCAAUUUUGCUCAGGGCCCCAAAUUGCACUCAUACCCCCUUAAAAAUGAGUCAGACUUGCAUCACUCAAUUUUAUGGAACAGUCAUUGUGAGAAAUUGAACUUCUGUUAAAUCAGUGUAAAGUCAGGAUACCUAAUCGUUGUACAUCAGGCAUUACGUCAGACUGUUCUUCGAGAAAUUGGACCGAUCGUUCUGAUGUCAGACUUACUCACUCUUACCAGGGGAGCAAUGCAAAUUUCUAUGUUUCCUUAUUCCCUCAGGCGAUUCUCAUCUCGCAGAUAGCAAUGCCCUUUUAAUUUAUCUUCAUUUUAUAUUCGUCCUCUUUCUCUCCGAUCUUCGGUUCAAAAUGAUCCUGGGCCAUUCUUCCUCAGCGUAAGAACGAUGUUCAAACUGUGCAUUAUGAGUCUGAAAUGGAUCGUUGGAAAAAGGAUGCAUACACAAUUCUAAGUCUGGAGUUACGCUAGCUAUAUUUUAUUAGCACGACGGAAGUAUUAUACUUACCCGUAGAGAUGGGGAAAGGCAGUUUAUUUGUAUACCUUAUUUUUCUACGACCCUCAAAAGAAAAGCAGAAAAUCUCUAGGAGUAGUGCGGUUGUUUAAGGUUUGCCAAGGCAAGAAACCAUACCUACAAAUAAAACACUACCAAUUUUGUAUUUUAUCGUUGAAACUCCUUCCCAGAGCUCCAAAUGCUAAUCAUAUGGGCCUGCAGCUGCAGCCUUCCCGUUGAAUUCAUAUACUUGCUUUGUUUCCCAUGCAGGUGCGCAUUACAUUGCAGAAAUGUUGAAUACUCGUUGAAUAGUGACUUAUUAAAAAAAAUAAUAAUAAUAAUAAAUAAAUAAACGAGUACCUAUUACUUCCAUGGAGACUGAUUGACUUAAUUUUCGGCACCGUAUAUCUGUAAAAGUAUGAAGCCUUUGUUUGCACCGAGCUGAAUUACACUUUCAGUGGCGUGGCGUGAAUUGCGAUAUAUUGAUUGUUAUGCCAUUUAAACCUAUGGUAAAGAAUCGAUUACUAAGGUGUUCCACACCCUGUUUAUCGAUCCUUUUCCAUAGGUUUAAAUGGCAUAAAAAUCGAUUUAUCGCAAAGCACACCACGCCACUGUACACUUUCUGUUGCCAACGGAGAGUUCAUUAAUAAGCACUCAGAUUUUUUUAAUAAUUAAGGAGCCUCCAUCUCUUUUUUGAUUUGGAAAUUAUGAUUGCUCUGAUUUCCUGUGAUCGCAUUUUUAUUUACUGAUAGGCAUCUCAAACACGUAUGAAGCCAUAGUUAAGCCGCACUUAACGCAAUUUCCAUCACAUCCCAUCAUUAACCAUGAAUACUUGUAACUCAUUAAUUUAUCCUCUGCUUUUUUAAAAAUUAAAAACUUUCAACGUCACUGUCAAAACAUCACAGGAGCUUAUCUAUCAAAUCUAUGUAUCACAAUUUUUAUUCUAUAACAUUCUAAAAAAUGCUUACCGCCUUUCAUUGCUCAACAAAUAUUUUUUUGUUAAAAUCCCAGUCAUUUUGAUUAAGAAAAAUAAAUCCAAACGCAUUAAUCAGAGACUUCUUCUUCUCUGCUGUUUUCUUUAAUUUUAAUCGUAGCUGUUUUAGCUUCAUUCAUUUUCUUCUGGCUUUAUUUCUAAAUCUUAAGAUGCGUCUAAGUCAAGUCAUAUCCAGUCAUUUAUUUCAUAAGUUAGGUACGUUUCUACUUCACUAAUGAUUUAACGUCCACUAAUUCAAAGUACAUGUAAAAAUCUACACAUUUCUAGACUUUUUGAUGUAUUUUUUAAUUUUAGUACCUAAAGAAAUUUUUAAAAAAUAUUAAUUGAUUGUAUUUUGUAUUUGUAUAUUUGAAGAAAUAAAGUGUUUGUAAAGUCGCAA